CCCCUCCCCCGCGCCCCUGGUGGGUGAGGCGGAGGGGGAGGGGGGUGCAACGGCCCUGGCGCGAGUCGCCUCCGCGGCGGAGGGAGGGAAGGUGGAGGGGCCGCGAUGGCGGAGGCGGCGGCGCCCGCGGCGGGUGGCGGGGCCGGGCCCGCGGCGCAAGAAGAAGAGGAGCACGAAGUGGUUCGCGUGCGGGUCAAGAAAUGCGACGGCCUCUUGCAGCCUGAAUUCCGCACUUUUGCUGUAGACCCGCAGAUCACCUCGCUGGAAGUGUUGCAGCACAUCCUUAUCAGAGCCUUUGAUCUCAACGGGAAGAAGAACUUUGGCAUCUGCUAUCUGGGCCGAGAUAAGCAGGGCCAAGAAAUAUACUUGUCACUGAUGUCCGACUGGGAUCUAGGUGUGGCCUUUGCCAGUGCCUCCAAGCCUUACUUGCAGCUCAAGAUAGACAUCAAGCCUUCUGAGGACAGCCCUCUUCUGGAGGACUGGGACAUUAUCAGCCCCAAAGAUGUAAUCAGCACUGACCUGCUGCUGGUGGAAAAACGAUCUCUAGCAGCGGCAGCUCUGCCUUUUACCCAGUCUAUCCUUUCCCAGGUUGGCAGGACGCUGUCAAAGGUCCAGCAGGCCCUCGGCUGGUCUUACGGGGAGGAGGUCAAACCUUUUAAGCCCCCACUGAGCGAUUCAGAGUUCCACACGUAUCUGAAUCACAAAGGGCAGCUGACGAGGCCCGCGGAGCUGCGCCUGCGGAUCUUCCACGGUGGAGUGGAGCCCUCACUGCGCAAGGUGGUUUGGAGGUACUUGCUCAAUGUCUACCCUGACGGGUUGACGGGGCAGGAGCGAAUAGAUUACAUGAAGCGGAAGACACGGGAGUACGAGCAGCUGAAGGGGGAGUGGAACGUACGGUCCAGCCCCGAAGACCUAGAAUUCAUCCGCAGCAAUGUGCUGAAAGACGUUCUGCGAACGGACCGCGCUCACCCUUACUACGCAGGCUCUGAUGACAAUCCCCACCUGACGGCCCUCCAUGAGCUGCUGACCACCUAUGCCGUGACGCACCCGCAGAUCUCCUACUGCCAAGGUAUGAGUGACAUCGCCUCCCCCAUCCUGGCCGUGAUGGACAACGAGGCUCACGCUUUCAUCUGUUUCUGUGGCAUCAUGAAGCGCCUGGAGGGCAACUUCCAGGUGGAUGGCGAAGUGAUGUCGGUCAAGUUCUCCCACCUUAAGCUUCUCCUUCGUCACUCAGACCCCGAGUUCUACUCCUACCUCCUCUCCCGUGGCGCUGAUGACCUCUUCUUUUGCUUCCGCUGGCUGCUGUUGGAACUCAAGCGCGAGUUUGCCUUCGAGGACGCCUUGCGCAUGCUGGAGAUCACCUGGAGCUCCUUCCCGCCAGACCCUCCUGAGAAGGAAGUGGAGCUGGUGGGCCCACCGGCCAGGCCCGGAGAUAGCAGCAAGCCUGUCCGGCGGAGACACAUGUUGCGUCCGGCUUGUAGUUUUGAGGCAGCUGGGGAUCAACCUUGCCAGGGGGCAGUUCCUGAAGAAAAGGCGUUAGUCAAACAGUCUAGCUUUGGAGAAUUCAAAUAUUACAGUGCUCGCAAUGAGGACAGUUCGGAGGAUGACCCGUCUCCUAAAUCUCCGUGCUCGGUGCAAGAGGAGGAAGACUGUAGCAGCGAGCAGAAUCCUUUGAUCCAGGCACCAAAUGUGGCCAAAUCCUUCUCUGCUCCAUCGCUUCGGGCCCCUACCCCAACCUCUCGGGACUCGGCUUCUUCCUCGACCAGCGGCCACGAGGAAAGCCUGUCCGAAGAGGAGAAGGGAGACUCUGUGGUUAAUACCCCUUCUUCCUCAUGCGGACCCGCUGCCGCUUCGCCCACCACUGCUGUCAGCCUCCCACCUCCUCAAGAGUUUGGCAAAGGCAACCCGUUUGUACUCUUCCUUUGCCUGGCCAUCCUCCUGGAACAUCGGGACCACAUCAUCAAGAAAAACAUGGACUACAACGAGUUGGCCAUGCAUUUUGACCGCUUGGUCCGACGACACAACCUGAACAAGGUCUUGCACCGCGCCAAGGCGCUCUUCGCCAACUAUUUGCAGUCGGAAGUCUGGGAUUCCGAGGAGGGCGAUGAGGCAGCUGCCGAGUCGCCUGCCGCAUCAUGACCCCUGCUCUCCCGAGAUACGGGGACUGGUUCUCUGCUACCCGUCGGUGCAAGGAUUGAUGUGGCACAGAGAUCAGAGACUAAUCCAGCUUGGCCUCAAUUCUUCCACGAUCCCCUUGGAAGGUGGGCCGAAGCGUCUAAGUUGGAUUGUUCCACUAAGUACACCUUCUGUGUCUAGCAUACUCUGGUUUUUAACUGUUUCUUUGUGCAGAUAUCUUGCAUAGAGGCCCCAUCUAUCCUUCUAAGUACAAGUAAUCUUCUUAAGAAGAUCUAUCCUGGAACAGCCCCUUUCCAGUAUUUUCCAAACCUUCCCCUCUUGGUACAUUUAGAGCUCUUCAAAGAACGCCAGUCACCAAGAAACCUAGAUUGACUUCUACCCCUUCUAAAACCUGGUGCUUUCCGUUCAGGUUUGGGGCAGGUUUGCCCCAAGUGUUUUUUUGAUGCUGCCUCAUGUCGUGAGUUUGUUUUCUCCAUAGCGUGUCAGUUUGUAAUCGGCAGAAGCUGCGUAUUUAUUCCCCCUCUUCAAAAACAAAAGGCCUAUUAUGCUAAGUUAUUCAGUUUUGACUUCCGUUCAUCUGUUUUAAAAGCACUUUAUUUCCUCAAGCAUUUCUUCCUUUCUAUGGUACUGCCUUUUCUAUUUUUCUUGAAAUCCCUUUAUAAAAAACGGAGCCUGUAACCGUGAAAAACCAUAUAGAGCUUUUCAGAGCUGGCUAUCAGCAUGCCCGGUGUCCUAACUGGCCAGUUUUUGACCCAGUCCUUUUUUGUUUUUAACCUGGACCAUCUUGUAAGUCUUUUAUAAACAAAUACUCAAGGAAGUGAACAUUCAAAUAAAAAGGUGGGUGGGGAGAGUGAAUGGAGUUUUUAUGCUUUUAUAUUCCUGCUUUUGGGGAAGCAAUCACUCCUGUCUAGCUUGCCUGCUUUCUUCUAGGUGUCUCCUCACAUCGUUCAAAACUUCCGUGCUAUAGAUCAAGAUCUUGGCUGAUCAGGCAAGCCUUUUUCUCACCCCCUAUUUAAACACCGGUUUAUAUGAUUGCUUCUCCAUGCAUUAUGAGCUUGUAAGGUGAGAUCUUGCUGGAAUGUAUUGCUACUGAUCACACAUCAGGUAGGGGGGAAAGAUCACAACCUACUUCUCAUGUUACACAUACUUCUGUUCUCAAAUAGUACCACACGAGAGGGGCCGUUUCCCCAUGGCACCCCACUCACUGAACGCCGGCGGUUUUUCCGCGUGAUUUCUGACAUCACCGUUUCCAAAAUGGAUGCACGUAGUUACGAU